CACGGCAUCCUCGGGGCCGCCGCCAUGGUCGCUUUGUUCCCCAGCGAAGCUAUUCUCCUGCGCAUCCUCCCUUCUCGAGUCGGGCUCUGGGUGCAUGCCCUGAUGCAGAUCUUGGCCAUCUGUGUGCUGGUCGCGGCGGUUGGGCUGGGCAUCCAUCUGGUGCAAGAUAUGAGUGAUUCCGACAUCAAUAGCCACUUCAUCAUCGGCCUUGUUGUCAUGGCCUGCCUCAUCCUCCAACCGAUUUUCGGGAUCAUCCACCACGAAAAGUUCAAGCGCCUGCGGCGGCGCACGAUAGCGUCGUAUGUGCAUCUUUUCAACGGACGUAUCUGCAUGACGCUCGGGAUCGUGAACGGGGGGCUUGGUCUGUGGAUCGCGGGGGCGUCAGACAAGCUCAAGAUCGCCUACAUCGCGACGGCUGCUGCGUUGUGGACGUUGUGGCUUCUGACUGCGAUCUGGGGAGAGUGGCGGAUCUGGAAAAUGACUCCCCGACCCUGCAGGCGGAGGAAGCUGAGGUCCCCGACAAGCUGGACUCAUCAGUUGGGCGAAACAUCGUUUUGA